AUGUAUAAAAAUGCGCCCCCCCAAAAGAAAACACAGAGGCGGCCCCCCGCCAAACCCCCCAAACACCUCCCUCAGCAACCCCGCGACGAUCUCAAGAAAGACAAGAAGACGACGGGCCCUGCGGAGCCAACAGCGGACUCCAAAGACGGUGAUGGUGAUCUUUUCGCUGAGACUGUCCCGGUUACGCUGCAGCAGCUUAUGCUUAAUGUUUUUAAGUAUGCGUUGCUUUAUUCUAAUGGACUUGGUGGUAUCAGUACGGGAGGUAGUCGUGAGGUGACUGCUUUGUCCAUGGAAAAUGCGGGUACUGCAGAAGCAGAAGCAGAGACUGCAGAUACUGCAGAGACAGAGUCUACAGCAGCAACAACAACAACAACAGAACCAGAGACUACAGCAACAGCAGAAGCAGAACCAGCAGAAGGAACCCUCAAUACAAAAUCUCUAAUCCAAACCAUCAAAUCCCACCUCUACAACAGGGACUUCGACUCCGCCUUCACAGACGCAGACGACGACCUGCUGCGCGCUUAUGCCCUGCGCUGGAGCGCGACGAGGGCGUUGGGUGGGAGGUCGCAUCCUGCGCCUUUGGCGAGGUUUACUGGUACUUCUGGUCAGUUGGAGCAGCAGGGAGAGGAGAAUGAGAAGGAGGAUACAGAUUUUCAAGUCCGCUUCCGUCGCGCAGACAUACUCUCUAUACCCGACGAGGAACUCAAGAGUCUUCUCUACUUUAACGACGACAACACCCUCUCACUUGAUUCUCUCUCUCUCGAUCCUACCACUACAACCAAAAAGGAAACCCCAACAAUAAUAACCCUAAUGUUCACCCUCAACGAACUCUUCUCCACCUCCAUGGCAAAAGCCACAUCUCUCCUCCUGCGCAUCACAGACCUCGUCCAAGCAGGCUCUCUUCUCCUCGUCGUCGACAGCCCCGGCAGUUACUCCACGCUGCGGCUGGCGCGUCAGUCAUCCGGUGAUGGCAGCGGUGAGAAAGAGGGCGCACCCGAGCGGCGCUACCCGAUGAAGUUCCUGCUGGAUCAUGCGCUGCUGUCUGUUGCCGGGGGCAAGUGGGAGAGGGUGUAUUCGAGGGAUUCGCGGUGGUGGAGGCGGGAGGCGAGUCGGUUGAGUUAUGUGGUUGGGGAGGGGGCCGGGUUGGAGGAUAUGAGGUUUCAGGUGCAUCUUUAUCGGAGGGUUUAA